CAUCGUCAAUCGUCAUUCGUCAACACAAACAGAAAAUAAGCGCGUGUACCGCUGAAGAUUUGAGGUGGUCUAGAAAAGCUACUACAUUGCCCUUCCUAGGUCGUCAUGAAGGACAAGGACGCAGUUAACAUGUUACUGAAGGAAAAGAGACUGAAAACCUUUAAGAAAUGGCCCUAUGGGGAAGACACCAAGCUCAACAAGGAGGCGAUGGCUGCAGCUGGGUUUUACUUUAUUGGCAACAAGAAUAAUCCGGAUCUUGUGCGAUGUUUUCUGUGCUUUAAGGAGCUGGAUGGGUGGGAGGAAGAAGAUGACCCUUGGGAAGAGCACAAGAACCAUGCUUCCUACUGCCAGUUUGUCAUGCUGAAUAAGGAUGAGAGCAAGAUUACCUUCCAAGAGAUGCAUCAGCUGGAAAUGCACCAAACAGCAAACUUUGCGUAUUCUGCCUGAGACUUCAUCCGGUCCCAUUGCCUUCUCUUCAUUCAGAAAAAGAUUUUAACCAAGAAAAUUGAAGAAUUCAAAAAUCAGUCUCAGAAGUCCAGAAAAGUUCUAGAGAAUAUGAUAUAGAGAAGCCUGAUCUUAAAGAUGUGAAAACCUUGGAUUAUCCAGCUUUAGUUUUACUGACUUGAUACACACAAGGUAUGGCCAGGUCUGGCAAUGCAACUCACAUUUCAGUCUGGUCAUUGUUCAGAAUUAGCUACAUUUUUAAUCCAAGUUACGAUGUCUUUUUACAUGCUAGAAUUUUGAAAGUCAAUAAAUAGAUAAGUGUUAUAUAGUGACAAUUAGAAAUAUGAGAACACAUGAUUUACAUUUAUUUUGGUACAAUUAUUUCUUCAAGCUCACCCAAUGUUUGUUUGUGAAAGUCUUAAACUAUUGAGGUGAUCUUGGAUAAUUAUUUUUGGAAAUAAUGAAAGGAGUGCAAUAUUGGAAUUGAUUUAUCAGUAAUGACUACCAUCUCCAGUGAAUACUGCCUCACUAAACCUCUGGCUAGUACAGUGGUAAUGCGCUGGCCUGGCAUUGUUAAGGUCGGCAGAUCGAGUCUUAUUUGAGCUCGUGAGUUUAAGCAGUUUACUGGGAGUUUACUGCUGUGGUUGAAGUGCCACAGUGAGGAGUUGGGUUUGCCUAGCUGAUGUUCUGGAAAGCACCAGAUGUGGUGGUUACCAGAACUAAAACCAACAAACUUUAACUUUAACUUCAAACUAAUCACAACUGCUAGCUUAUAUAAUAUUUUUUCCUUUUGUCACAUUGUAAGGUAAAAUAUCAACUUCCAUGUAAAUUUUCACUGACUAAUAUUGUGUUCCAACCAAUAAAGUACAGGAUAUAUGGAUAAA